AUGACUACGUCGCCUUUGGUUGCCGAUUUCGAAGCAAAAGGUUGGUUCCUUUCUCAAGAAGGAAUUGAUCUGAUUGCUUCAGAGCAUCCUGAAGCAAAAUCCCUGCAAGACUUUAUCACUGCUGCCAAAGAUAUGGACCUACGGUUAUUAAGUAAUAAAGGGUUUAACAAGACAGCAGAGAAAGUUCAACAGAUUCCUAGUCCACUUGUUUUACAGUUACUGGAAGUACGUAAUGUAGCUAUGCCAAGUGUGAAUCAAACAGAAAAGCCACGACUACUGAGUGCCGUCUUUACAGAUGGCAGUAAAAAGAAAUACAAAGGUGUAGAAGUCUUUGGUAGAGUGGAAUGUUUAAAGUAUGUUUUUGUAUAUACUUGGUAUAGAUAUAUUUAA